AUGUCCACUUUCAAAGUACACCCCGCGAUUAUCUUCUUCUUAUUCCUCUUGCUCUCGCCCAAACUCAUCCCCGCCAAAAACCCCCACAGCCAACUCCAAGUCACUCACUCCAAUUGCCGAAGCGCUCCCUGCCCGGACCUCUGUGUCUCCACUCUCGCUGCCUUACCGGGCCUCGCCUCCAUGUCCCUCCCAGAGAUCAUAUCUGCCACACUCCACAACUCCGCCUCCAAAGUGAGAGCUGCCUCCACGCAUUGCACAGUCAUGAAGAACCAUUUCCUUGAGAAGCUUAGCAUGCUCGAAUGGCAAGCCCUGGACAUCUGCCUUGAGCUAUUUCAUGACAUCCUCGACGACUUUGACCGUGCCCUCUUGUACCUUGAGGGCUCGAAAGUCACUAGACGCCACUAUUAUGACCUUCAGUCCCUCCUUAGCGGAGUGAUGACCAAUGUUUACACGUGCACUGAUGAGUUCGAUCCCCGCACAGAUAAUCUGAAUCUCGGAGACAGCAUGAAGGAUAAGCUUGCGAACGUCUCACACCAUGUAAGCAAUUCAAUAUUCCUCCUGACAAAGAUGCGCGGCAUCAAUAAUUCUUCUGGACACGGUAUGAGAGGGCGGUUCCCAGCGUGGAUGUAUUCAGAAGAUAGCCUAUUGAUGCAAACCCCGACGGAUGUGACAAAUUUCGAUCUUGUGGUGGCGAAGGAUGGAUCUGGUAAUUUCACCUCCAUCAAUGAUGCUGUGGCCGCCGCUCCGGACAAGAGCGAGACCAGGUUUGUCAUCUACAUCAAAGAGGGGGAGUAUUUCGAGUAUGUCACGGUGAACAAAAAAAAGACCAACCUCAUGUUCGUAGGCGACGGGAUCGGGAAGACGUUGAUCAAAGGCGAUCGGAACUACGUUGAUGGUUGGACCACUUACUGGUCGGCCACCGUCGGUAUUGAUGGUGAUGGAUUUCUCGCUAAGGGGAUCACCUUUGAGAAUUUUGCGGGGCCGGAGAAACAUCAGGCAGUGGCUUUUAGGAGCAGGUCGGACAAGUCAGCGCUCUUCCAGUGUAGUUUCUUGGGGUACCAAGACACGUUGUACGUGCACAGUCAUCGCCAGUUUUAUCGAGACUGCGAUGUAUAUGGCACUAUCGAUUUUAUGUUUGGAGAUGCGGCGGUGGUUUUCCAGGAUUGCAACUUGUAUGUGCGCAAACCAGAGCGAUGGAAGAGUGUGUUCACUGCCCAGGGCAGAGAAAAUCCACUCGGGUAUACCGGGAUGUCGUUCCUUGGCUGCAACUUCACAGCCGCACCAGACCUUGCCCCUGUACAGUCAUCGUACAAGUCAUUUCUUGGCCGUCCAUGGAAAGAGUUCUCGAGGACAGUGAUCAUGGAGUCAUAUAUUGGCGACCUGGUUGCCUCAGCUGGGUGGUUGGAGUCCAACGGCUCAUAUGGGUUGAACACGCUCUUCUAUGGGGAGUACCGGAACAGAGGCCCGGGUUCAGACACGAGUGGCCGAGUGAAAUGGCCUGGGUACAGAGUUAUUAGCAACUCGACAGAGGCAAGUCAGUUCACUGUCGGGUCUUUCAUUCAAGGUAGCCAGUGGCUCAACGACACCGGUUUUCCUUAUUAUCCGGGUUUGAAUUAG